AUGCUCACGCCCCGCGACAUUGAGUACUUUGCGACUCGACAUGGUAAGUUCCUCCACUACGCGACCAUGCUCAAGCUGUGCCCCAAGGACUCACCCGAGUGCGCUAGCUGCUGGUACUGCUCCCGCUUCGGGCAGCGGCUUCUGCCCCCUGAGCUGCAGAAGCACUUCCUGCCGGUCUACCCCACGGCUGCGGCGGCGGUGGAGGCAGAGAGGAAGGCGGCGGAGGCGGCGGCUGCUGCGGAGGAGGCUGGGGAGGAGGCUGUGGCGGAGCUAGACGCGGACUCAGCCCAGGCUGAAGCAGCAGCGGCCUCGGCAGCGACGAAGGCGGACGAAGCGCGAGCGGCCAAGGAGAGGGCGGCGGCGGCGCAAAAGGCGGCCGAGGGACGCUUCCUCCUCCACUUUGAUUGCGGCCUGCGCAAGCGCGUGCAACUGCCAGCCGUGAAACACCGGCCUGUCGACUACUAUGACGGCAAGGCCGUCUCGCUGGACAUCCCGGAGGCGAUCCAGCGCCGCCUCUCCGUCCGCUCCUCGCUCACGCCUGAUUCGGCGAAGCUUAUCCUGGUGAUGGUCGGCCUUCCCGGCCGCGGCAAGUCCUUCAUCGCGCACAAGCUCUCGCGCUUCCUCAACUGGACGGGCUACCAGACCGAGAUCUUCAACGCCGGCCAGAACCGGCGCGCCAACCACUCGCCCACCAACCACUCGCGCGCCGGCUUCUUUGACCCGAGCGACGCGGAGAGGAAGGCAAAGCGCGAGAGCAUCGCGAUGAGCACGUUUGAGGAGCUGCUCGAGUGGCUGGCGGGCGGCGGCGAGAUCGGCAUCUUUGAUGCCACAAACUCGAACCCGCAGAGGCGCGCCCUCCUCGUCUCACGCGCGGCCGAGUGGAAGGGUUGGAGGAGCGGAGACGCGAGCCCUGCCGCUGGGGGCGCCGGCGCGGGCGUCGCGGGCGGAGGCGGUGCCAGGUUCGGCGUGUCGAUCGUCUUCAUCGAGUCGAUCUGCACCGACAAGUCUAUCCUCGAGGCCAACAUGCUCUCCAAGGUGCGCGCCUCGCCCGACUUUGCCGGCCUGAGCGAGGAGGAGGCGCUCUCCGACCUGCGGCAGCGGGUCUCGCACUACGAGGCGUCGUACGUGCCGGUGGCGGACGAGGAGGGGGCGUACAUCAAGCUCUUCGACCUCUCCUCCAAGGUGACGGCCCACCAGGUCUUCGGCCGCAUGACGCAGCGCGUGCUUCCCUACAUGAUGAGCCUGCACAUCUCGCUCCGCCCAAUCUUCCUCGCCGCGCUGCCGCCCGGAUACGGCGACGCCUCCUCCCGCGGCGACCUCUCCUGCGAGGAGGGCGGCUGCUCCUCCCCCAACCAGUCCUUCGCGCUCCAGCUCGCCGGCUGGGUCGGCAGGCACGCGCCGUCCUCGCCCCUCCGCCUCCUCUCGUCGACGCAGGCGAGCGCGGUCGACGCGGCGAGGGUGGUCGCGCGGGACAUGCGGCGGCGCGGCGUCGGCUGCUCUGUGACAAACGUCUCCUGCCUCAACCCGCUCGACCGCGGCUCCGAGGCGGGCGAGGACCAGUGGGCGACGCAGCGGCUCGCUUCGAUGGGCUUCUCGCAGCGCUACCCGGGAGGCGAGUCCUUCGCCGACCUGGCGUGCGUCCUCGAGGUGCUCAUCGUGGCGCACGCGACGCCGUGCCGCGCUCUGCGCGCAUAUUUCCUCGGCUUGCCGGUCGCGGAGUGCAUGUGCCCGGCGUCGAGCCGCGCGGCGGAGGCGCUGGCGAACGCGUCGCGCUCCGUGGUCGAGCUGCUGCCGGCGCUGUUUGGCAAGUGGAGUGAGGAGAUCCACACGCUCGAGGAGCGCGGCGAGAACAGCGAGGUGCUCAGUCUCGAUGACGCCGUCUUCAGCCUCGAGGGGCAGGUGGGAUGA